UUAUUGGAAUCAUCAUGAUCAAGCAUGCAUGUUCUAUCAAUUGGUGGUACAACAUCAUCAUCAUGAAGAAUUAUUUUUCCUGAUUUUAUAUUCUUGUGGAUCUUUCGAUAAUUUUUAUAUUAUAAUUGUAAAGAUGAGUUUUUGUCUAUUGAAGAAAACCAUCGAUGAAGGCGAUACGGUUGUAAUCUAUUUGACGCCCCGACAAAUGUAUCGUGUUAAAGUGGAUCGUGAUGAAGUAUUUCAAACUCGCUUGGGUGCCUUACGUUUGGAAGAAUUGAUUGGCAAACCUUAUGGCUCUCGAAUUCAAUGCAGUAAGGGACAUGUUCUUGUUUUGGAUAUGACACCAGAAAUUUGGACACUUUUGUUACCACAUCGAACGCAAAUUCUUUAUGGUCCAGAUAUCAGCAUGAUUCUCAUGAAUCUUCAGCUUCGAUCAGGUUCUUUAGUGAUCGAAGCUGGUACUGGCAGUGGAUCACUUUCUCAUUCUAUUGCCCGAACGAUAGCUCCAAACGGAAAAUUAUUUACUUUUGAUUUUCAUGAAAAAAGAGUAGAAAUUGCUAAAAAAGAAUUCCGUGAACAUGGAAUUGAUUCCAUUGUGAAUGUUCAACAACGAGAUGUUUGUACUGAAGGAUUUCAAUUUCUUGAACCAUUAAAAUUUGAUGCAGUUUUCCUCGAUCUUCCCAAUCCUUGGGAAGCUAUUGAAUCAGCACAACGAGUUUUGAAAAGUGGUGGCAAGAUUUGUUGUUUUUCUCCUUGCAUUGAACAAGUACAAAGAUCUUGUCAAACGUUAGCCAAAUUAAAUUUUUUAGAUAUCGAAACAAUCGAAUGCGUUUUGCGGCCAUACGAAAUUCGUAAAGCAUCGUAUGAGAAACUAAAAUUUUGUGAUAAUUUAUUUGAAAGAUCAGAUUCUGUUAACGAUGAAUUGUUUCCAAAAAUUCUCGACCAUUCAGAUGAUCAAGACCAAUGUUCGGUGAAUGAAGAUUUUGAGCAUAUUGAUGAUAAUGGCAUCAAUGGAACAAAUAAAAGGCUACGAACAAUGGACGAAAAAGAUAUCGACAAAGAUUUGAAUCAAAAAUCAGAAAAAGAUGAUAAAACUAUCAAAGAAAAUCGGCUAAUUAAUUAUUGGGUUACCUAUAUGAAUACUGAAGUAACUGGACAUAGUGGUUUUCUAACGUUUGCAACAAAUUUUAUUUUUUAAAAUAAAUUUAAAAAAAUUUGAUUAAUUUUAUAAAUAA